UGCAUUCCUUGUUUGGAACUUGGCUUGUGGGCAUGACAAUCCGGUGCUUCUUUCCUUAGUGUGCUGUAAACUCUUCCGUGUUUUGUUUCUUCUUUAUUCUUUCUUUUUCGCUUCCCUUUACCGUCUUACCCUUUUUCGACCCCAACCUCGGUUCUUCAUCUUGGGUUGUCAAGUAUACACGCGUUUGGCAACCAACUGUCGCCUACCUACAACCUACGAUCGCUUUUUUUCCGACGUUCGUUCCGACCUUGUUGAUUCCUUGGCAAACAGAGCCUUACGAGAAAAAAAAACCACGACGAAGCAUACGACACGAAGAACUACGAUACAAGAGGAGGGGAAUUGGGGCACGCACACAAACAAAAGAAUCGAACACACAAGCUCACCAUGGCACCAACACCCGAAACCCUCGCUUCAACCGUGAAGCUAGCCCGGUCCGCCGCGCUCGCCGCCGCGCCCCUCGCAGCCCGGCACCUGAUGGCGGAAACCUCAUCUGCUCUACACAAGCGAGAGCGCGCUCCGGGCUCGCUCUCCGUGACCGACACGCAAAAGGUCACCCUGGGCGUCAUCGCGGCUUACACGGUUGCGAUCGCGAUCCUGUGGAACGUCCCGUUCCUGCGCUGGUCGCUGUGGCCGUUCAAGAUGCUGGUGAUUGCGUUCCACGAGUUCGGGCACGCCUCGACGGCCUGCUGCACCGGCGGCCGGGUCGAGAGUAUCAAGCUUGACCCGCGCGAGGGCGGCGUCACCAUGAUGCGCGGCGGCAUCUCGGCCAUCACCCUGCCGGCCGGAUACCUGGGCAGCUCGCUCAUCGGGGCGCUGCUCAUCUUUUGCGGCUUCGAUAUCAUCGCCAGCAAGGUCGUCAGCUUUGUUUUGGCCGUGUGCUUCCUGUUGACGCUUUGGUGGGGCAAGAGGGAUUGGCUGACCAUCUUUACGGUCCUGCUGGCGGUUGGGUUGCUGGUUGCUUGUUGGUUUAUUGCGCACGCCCAGGCUUUGAGGUUCUUUGUCUUGUUCAUUGGCGUCAUGUCGUCCUUGUACAGUGUUUGGGAUAUUUGCGACGAUCUUAUUCUCCGCAAAGUCAACGAGUCCGACGCGAGCCAGUUCGCCAAGCGCUACGGCGGUUCGAGCCAGUGCUGGGGCGUCAUCUGGUCCAUCAUUUCGCUUGCUUUUAUGGCUGCCGGCAUAGUGGCUGGCAUUGCAGCAUUCCCGGAUUCGUUCGCCGAACAGAAUGAAAAGUCACAGAGGUUCCUGCCCACGAGGUAAAUAGGACAUGGGAGUAUGACAUGCAUGCGAAUCGAGCUGUUAUGAAGAAGCGAGAAAAUAUGUAUGGACCCUCUCUGCCUGGCUUGCAGGCAAUUACAGCUUGCACUUGCGAUUUUGUCGCAAUGUUGAAUAGGACCGUUCGUGUAGGAUAUGAUGAGUUGAUCGGUUAUCUGAGGGCCUCGGAUUGAGCCUUGUUUGAUGACAGAAGGACAUGGCAGUUUCCAUGAGAUGCAGAAAAACUCCCGACUGGAGGUCACUGGAGAGUUGCAGAAAUGCAGCAGUUUCUUUAGUUGAAGCUCGUUUAAGGGAAGACUAACGUUUAGAUUAUAUACCCAAUAAACCAUAUUAUAACUGUUG